CUUCAGACUUCCGUUGUUUAGAAACUGUGGUCAAAAUAUGGUUUUGUUUGAAGUUCUUCUCCACUAGGUUCUUCACCUCAUCACAUAAAAAUGAAGAAAGUACAGAUACCGUGAUGGGGAAUUCUUCUUCACAAGGAGGCACAAGGAGGGGUUCAUCCCCUGUCCUAACGAGGUCCAUCCAGCUUAAUGAACCUCUGCAACAGCCACUCUUGAUGCAAGCCAUCCAGGACAAUGAUACCCCAGAGGAUCCUGGGACAUUACCAUCUGUUAUGGAGAUCAACAACUUAAUUGAAAGUAAGAGACUCAAGGAAGCACACCAGUACCUGCUCUCAUUUCGGCAUGAGGUGGAAAUAGAGAAAAAAGGUGAGGGGACACCCUCCACACAACAGAACAAUAAAAUGAAGGACCUGAGGCUCCUGUACAGUGCCUUGCGAGACAAGAUGAAGAAUGUUGUCAAGGAUUCGAGCAAUCAGACUUCCUGCAGUUCAGACCUGCUGCUGCAAGUGGUCCAGAUCAUCCAGGAGGAGGAGAAGAGGGAGGGAAGUCCAGGCAGUGCAGGGUGGAAUUGGCGGGACACCUGGAAAGAGGCGGUGCGGGAGGGGGUGCGGGAUAAAAUCAAGAGUGUACCCCUGGACACCAAAGAGCAGAAAAAAUCUUGGUUGGCAGUACACCUGGGCCUUCUACGCAAAACCACCAUGGAGGACUUGGAAAAUGUUAAAAAUCACCUGAAGGCCUCCUACCCCCCCAGUUUUAAUGUGUUGAACACCUAUGUGGAGAGCUACCAUGAGAGCAUUGCCCAGCACCUCAAAGACAUCCCGCAGAAGGAUCUUGAGGCAAAGGAUUGCUAUGCCCUCUUGGACUGGAUAGUGAACUGUUAUGAAAGUGAGAAGAUGAUGGGCAGCCCAACCCUGCAGCUGGAUGUGAGCAUCGGCAGUAUGUCCCUGUCGCUGGGAGACAGCUUUCUGAACCAGAUCAAGGAUAAGUGCUGUGACUUGAUAAGGGAUGAGUUUGAUACCAUGAUGAAAAAUCUCAUUGAAAUGGAAUGUGAAAAGACAUGGGGCUGCAAGGAGCCAGAGACCAUGCCCACACACUAUCACUCUGAAAUCCACUGCCACAUUUGUUUGACGAUGAACGGAUACAUAAAAAACGUUCAGGAAAUUGACCCAGAGCUGAGCAAAAGAGUUCUUUGUGUCUGCUUGGAAACACUGAAGCCUUUCCCCCACAGGUUACGUCAGGCCUUCGAUCAGUGGUACAGUUCAACCCAUAAAGAUGGCUUCGAUUUACAGGCCUCUCUUCAUCGGACCGCCUGCAUUAAUAGUUGUAUCUCCAUAAAGGAGCACCUAGAGACAUACAGGGAGAGCAGUCCGCAGCAGGUAGAGCAACUGGGGCAGGAGAUGGAUGAGGGAGUCGACCAGCUGGGUAAAACAAUGAUGGAGCAGUUCCAGAAAGACAUUGAGCCCUUCUUCAAGAAACUGAUGACGCAAAGGUGGCUUACAAAGAAAAAUGACUUCUACCACAUUUUGAGGAGGAUGAAAGAGCUCUCCCAACUCUGCAAAGGCAUGAAGCCCCCCUAUGUGCAGACGUUUGUGAACAAAGCGCACUACCAUGUGGUAUGGAGCUACGUCUCUCAGUUGAUGAACAGUAACUACACCUGCAAGAACAAGUAUAAGAGGGCAGCAGCUCAGAUCAAAGCUGAGCUGAGGGAACUGCAGAACAUUUUUACAGAACUGAAUUCCAACUUAAAUUGGCUCAGCCCACUUGGAGAUCAUCUGUUUAACAUCAUUGAAAAGGAGAAACCACAGGAUAUUAAAACAUCCUUGCAAGACCUGGUCAAGGAUUACCCAGAUAUCAGUGUUAGGUAAGCAGCUAGUAAUUAUUUACCCAUUGAAAGACAACCUUCCUGAUUUCUCACAGGAGCAAUUUAUGGUAAGUACCAUGAUCAAGGGUAAGGCAACUGGAAGGGGAUUUAAACUGAUGAGCUUUAAAUUUCAGGCAACUGCGGGAACCAGGAGACCGAGGGACUUUACAAUUUAAGCCACCUUUUUCUUUUAUGUGGUCUCUAAGUUCCCAAAAAAUUUUCAUACAAUUAAUUAAUAAUACAAUACAAAAUGUAUCUACUGCAUAGAAAAACGUUGCAGGACAGAUUGAGGAAAAACAAGCUUCAGCCCAUCAGAAUAACUUGUAUAUACAUGCUGCAAGCUGCUUUGUGGGAUUGAAACCACUCUUGGCUGCUGAUUUUGUAUGAAGCACAACCAGUCUCUCUUUGUGUUGCAGCGGGAAUCAUGUGGCAGCUGUGUUGCGUUUCCAGGGAAUGGGUUGCAGGCAAAAAUACGCCAUUCUGAACCACUUCAAUGAGU